AUGCCACCGCCGACUAUUUAUGGUGAACCAAAGAUUCGAUCAGCAGAUAAUGGCUCAGUAUUUCUCGAGGUUGUUGUCACUGGAGCUGAUCCAACGAAGACAAAGUGGAUGCUGGGUGACAGGGAACUAGAACAAACAGAGAACUACAUAUUCACUCACUCAGACGAAGGAGGAAAUAGGAAAAAACUAUCGUGUGAGAUUAAGGACUUCGACAAGUCUCUUGCUGGUCAAUAUAAAGCAGUGUUCUAUUCUGAUGAUGCCGAAAACUUCGCGACGUUCACUGUAACAGCAGGAAAUGCACCCGAGUUUCAUGAUAAACCCCAUAUUGUACAACGAGACAACGGGAAUGUGAUUGUGAUCAAAGUUCGAGCAAAGUCACACUUGGAAAUGAAAGCGGAGUGGUUCAAAGUAACUAAUUUGCUCAUGGAACUAUUUAUUUUACUACCGCCGAAUUUUAAUAUAGUUAAGAAGGAUGACAAGGAUAAGGAAGGAUACCAGUUCUUGUUGGAAAUUCAUGGACCACAAAAGGACGACGAGGCGAAAUACAAAUGUGUUGUGAAGAAUGCUGAAGGUCAAAAUCAGCAAUCCCUUAACCUUGUAUUUGACUAG